CGAUAACAGUCUGUUUACAAAUUAAAUCAAAAGUGUUUUUUUUUUCAGUGAGAGAUUUAACUAGUCAAAAUUGUUGUAAAAUUGAGUAAUAUCCAGCCCACAGUUACAUCGUCACUGGUGCAUGACAUGCACAUUUACCAUCUCUAGCCAGGGCCGAAAAACACUUGCAUUCCAAUUUCUCUGCUGCGUUUUCACUUUCACAAAAACAAAUCAUCGACAAAGCGGUCGCUGCCCAAUGGACAUUAUCAAUUGCUGACUCCUCCAAUCGACUGAUAACUGACUGCUACUACCGCGGCGAUGGCGCUGAUAAGCCCACGGCACUGAGCCAAAUUCCUCGACAAAACAGUUUCUAGCAGCUGUUAAGCAUAGUUAACUUUUGUAAUAAAUCACCAAACCGGAGCGAGCUAAUGGAGCUCCUGCAUCGCGCCCUGCUCAGCGCCCUCGGAGCGUUGUCGGUGUUCUACGCCCUCGUCAAAGUCAGCCUGGGCUACUGGAAGCGACGCGGGAUCUUGCACGAGAAGCCCAAGUUCUUUUGGGGCAACAUCAAAGGCGUGGCGAAUGGCAAGCAGCACGUGCAGGAAGCUCUACAAGACAUAUACACUGCCUACAAGGGCAGAGGAGCACCCUUCGUGGGCUUCUACGCCUGGCUGAAGCCAUUUGUGUUGGUGCUGGACCUGAAGCUGGUCCAUCAAAUUCUGUUCACCGAUGCGGGCCACUUCACUUCACGCGGCCUAUACAACAAUGCCAGCGAAGAGCCUCUGUCAGGCAAUCUCCUGCAACUGGAUGGGCACAAAUGGAGGACACUUCAUGCCAAAUGCGCCGAGGUCUUCACUCCCAGCAACGUGCAGAAGCUGCUCCCUACGCUGGCACAGAUCUCUAAGAAAAUUCAAAGCCAUCUCGGCAAGGAGAUCCUGCAGACCCGCAACAUAAGCGAUUUGGUGAAUGUCUACAACAAAGAUGUGAUGGCUUCAAUGGUCUUUGGCCUAGGACAUGGCCAGGACAACCAGGAGUUCGCCAAGUGGACGCGCAGCUACUGGGGCGACUUUAAGCUGUGGCAGGCUUAUCUGGCCCUGGAGUUUCCGCUGAUCGCUCGGCUGCUGCAGUACAGGAGCUACGCGAGGCCGGCCACGGCAUACUUUGAAAAACUAGUCUUGUCUCAGUUGCAGGAGCAGCGUCGCAGGGAUCGUCAGCCGCUGCAAACGCUCCUCCAGCUGUACUCCAACGCAGACCAGCCACUCGGCGAUGUCCAAAUUGCGGCCCAGGCCUUUGGUAGCCUCUUGGCGGGUUUCGUUCCACUAAAUGUGACUCUGGGCUUCUGCCUAUACGAGUUGGCGCUUCAACCGGAUAUACAGGAUCGCGCCAGAGCGGAGAUCAGAAAAACACUGCAGCAGCACGGCGGACAUUUGACGCCGGAAGGCCUAAGGGAGCUCACUUAUACGAAGCAGGUCCUAAAUGAAACGCUUCGCCUGCACACACCACAUCCCUUCCUGUUGCGUCGGGCCACCAAAGAUUUCGAGCUGCCCAGAUCGGUGUUCGUCAUUGCCAGAGGGAACAAUGUACUGAUACCAACGGCGGCCAUUCAUCGGGAUCCAGAGAUCUACGAGAAUCCCGAACGAUUCGAUCCGGAUCGGUUUGCGGAGAGUGCCAAACAACCCCGACCACCGGCCGCCUUUCUGCCCUUUGGCGAGGGAUUGCGCGGAUGCAUUGCUGCUCGGUUCGCGGAACAGCAGCUGUUGGUAGGUCUGGUGGCUUUGCUGCAGCACCACCGUUUCGCUCCCUGUGCCGAGACUGCGAUUCCCAUGGAGUACGACAAAAAGAGGCUGCUACUGAUGCCCAAGACAGACAUUCGGCUCAGCGUGGAGCUGGUGAAAUAAGCUUUAGGGGGGGCCAUCCCUCCUCAUCUCGGUGGAUGGGAGCACGUUUCUUUCGUAUUGUUUGCUUCGGUAUUGCUUUAUUGUACAAAGUUCUGUUUAUAUUUGUAUAUGCACCUAAUUCGUUGAUUUCCUUAAGGGGGGGGUAAGGUUAAUUCGGUGCAAAAAAGGCCACUUUUCAAAAAAUUAUUGUGGCGGAACGGCUAAAGUUAGCUUAAUGAAUUAAAU